AUGCACUCUUUGGCUUCAGCUGCUCCAAUACCCUCUAGUAUCGGCUUCUUGCCCCUUGUAUCUGCAGUGGAUGUUUCUUCUCUAACCAUGUCCGAAAAUUUCCAAAAUCCAUCUUUACUUGGAACUCCAAACUCUCUGCAGCUGUCUCUCCCUGUGGUGAGCAAUACAGCUUCCCUAACAGGAAGUGUCUGCAGCUUCUCCAGAGUGUCUGCUCCAGCUGUCAGUUCGGCAUGGCUACUGCCAUCAGCUUCUGGUUCCUCUUUCCAGCCACUCAUGGGUAGUGCCUACCUCUACCAACAUUCCAGUACAACUACGUUGUCUGGAGUUACUGGGCAGAGCCAGAGCUCCACAUCAGCUGCUUCCUAUCCUGGUAUUUUCCGGUGGGAUGUCAUGGGAAGCACUAAAAAGAAGUCAUCUUUAGUCAGAGACCUCACUGUGACUAUCAUUAACCAGGACACAGGUGUUUCUUCCAUGUCUAUGGCAGCCCAGUAUGACAAAACUUCAGAGGCCAAUAACAUGCUUCCUCUGUAUCCAUCACUUUCUGCCAGCCUUGUUCAGGGAACACCAUCUCAGAUUCCAAAUCAGGGACACAGCCUAUCACUUCCCUAUCAGGAAGGAAGCCAGGUAUACUACUAUAAUCAAGGCACACUGGGGCCUCUACUGUCUGCAGAACUUGGCCCCUGUCUGCAAUCCUAUGGCUCUGUGUCCUACAUGGGAAGUAGGGCCUCUGCCCCUCAACCAGAAAUGGUGAUGGUACUCAAGGAGGUUCAGCCCACAAAUGUUCUACCACCAGCCUCUGAUUCUGGAAUAUACUACACUGUGUCAGCUCAACCCAUCACAGAAACAAGUUUUCAAGUGAUGGAGACCUCCCUGGGGAUGGAGACGUCCCUAGGGUUGCAACCUCCAAGUCAGGCAUUUUGUCUGCCACAAACUCCAGAAUUCCCCAAGUCCUGCAGUAGCAGAAAUAUCCAGAUGCUUGAAAGUAACCCACCACCUGAACUUGGAGACAUCUCUAUGAUAGCUCCAGUCCAAAGUUCUAGUAAUGUCCUGGUACUGCCUCCAGCUCCCAGCCAGAAACAAACAGAGAAUAAGAAUUUGGAUGAUAUUAAAACCAAGCUUUCAAAGCCUCUGGAUGCCUACCAGAUCCCGAUAGAAAACCAAGAUCCUCCACUACUUCCUUUAGAAAUUCCUGAUAUUCACCACCUCUUGGCCUCCAUUGACCCUCCUGGUCAGGAGGAACAGCCAGGUUCUGAAGACACCGAUCUGGGAAAAAAUGGCCCGAGUCUUGAGAACCAAAGGAUCCUUGAAAAUGGGAUUGAAUCUAGUGGUGGUUUUGCAGACGUAGCUACACUGGUGAAGGACAUUCAUCUUCCCCAGCUCUUUAAUUCCUUGAAAGACCUUGAUAAAUCCAAAGGUGCCAAGGCGAUCAAAGCCAAAGAUACCAGAGUCAUCAAGUUGAACCAGGUGCAAGAAAAGUCAAGUGUCAUAAAGGCUCCCUCUGAUCAAGUCAUGAAGAACAAACAUAAAGCCACUGAGCCUAUCAAUGAUGCUCCCAAGGCCAAAAUCCAGGCAAAAAACUCAGAGUGCCUGUUAGGGGGAGAUGUGGUUAUUUGUGAUGCUGUAGACAGUGACAGGGCUCCAGUGAACACGGCCAAACAUUCCAACAGCAAAUCUCAGAAAGCUGCAUCCAGCAGGACCAGUAAAGCUAAGAGCCAUGGGCAGGAAAAGACCAAAAGGACCAGAGAAAACAACCCCAAGAAAGCUGAAGAAAGUAAGCAGUCAGGGAACAAAAUCAAGGCAGAAGAGAAGCCAACCAUUCCCAAGAGGAAGCGGAAGAAAAAUCAACCCGAGCUUAGUCAAGAGAACUUUAAGAAGCCUCGAAGCUGCCUAGGCAUGCACAUGUUGGAGUCUGUGCAGGUUUUUCAUGCACUGGGGAAGAAGAGUGAUAAGAAAACUGGACUGUCUUCCUCCCGGCCUCUGGUAAGCUCCAGCAACCCAAAAGAUGCCCGGCCAUCCCCAGCUAUCAAACCAUGGCUUAAUACUACACGUGAAGGUAAAGGUCCUGAGAAAAAUCAAAUCAAAGCCCAGAAACCAGACAGGGGUGCUGACGAAGAGUGUUCAUCUCCAUCCCAGUAUGAGCUGCCACCCCCUGGGAAGGUCAAGUUGGUGCCUUUGCCUUUUCCAAUCUUCGAGAAGCCUCGACCUCGACCUGUUCCACGGAGGCCACAGUCUCUGGCCUCACAUCGUUCUGCUGUGGCUCACCCUGCCAGGCCUGGUUCUACCAGCUCAGCUCAACCUGCUGCAGCCAACCUAUCCCGGCCGACUCCUGCCUCCUUGACAGGUCCUGCCAGGCCUGCUCGGCCAAUUUCAACCAAUCCCACACAGCCAAUUUCAACCAAUCCCACACGGCCAAUUUCAACCAAUCCCACACGACCAGGUUUGACCAACCCUAUCCGGCCUAGUGUCCCACAAUCUGCUGUCUCUAGGCCUGCACCCUACAAAAUGUCAUCUUCCACUUCUCUCCAGCGGGAGCCCAUUCCCACUGCUGUGACCAAGCGCCAGUCUCCACCCAAACCUCAAAACCAAUUUCUACUCGAAGACUUCAGCUUGCAACCAAUUCCAUGGAGGAAACCCAAUGUUCCUGAGCCAGUGAUGUCAAAGCCCAUCACAGAAGAGCAGAGGCCAGAGCGGGAGGCCAUGAAGAGGCAGGCGCAGCUAGAGCGUGAGAAUGCUGCCAAAUACACUUCUUUGGGGAAAAUGCAAUUUUUCAUUGAGAGGGAAAAGGAAAUGGAAAUUUCUCAAUACUAUGGCUAUGCAAUAUAA